UUUCGAUGGAUGAUUGAUCUCCCUAAAGACCCCGAGCGCGAUUCCGACCACCGGUUUCCCGAAUGGCUCAAAGGUGGGGAUGGGAUCUUUUGGGUGAGCGGGAAACCAGGAUCCGGCAAGUCAACACUCAUGAAAUUUCUCGCCGACCAUGAAACGACCAGAGCCAUGCUUGAGGAGUGGUCCAGCGGAGUGAAACUAGUGAUUGCGACUCAUUACUUCUGGAGCGCGGGCACGCCCAUGCAAAAGUCUCAUGAAGGUCUAUUCCAGACUUUAGUCUAUGAGAUAUUUCGCGUCUGUCCAAUGCUGAUCCCAGAAGUGUGUCCUGUGCGCUGGGCGCAAACACAUCCAGGAAAAAACGAGGAGCAUACCCACUGGACAAAUUCCGAACUGCUUUCUACUUUAAACGCUCUUUCCAAUCACCCGAAUCUGCCCGUCCGAUAUUGCUUCUUCAUAGACGGCAUUGACGAGUUUGAUGGCGAUCAUUCCAAACUUUGCGAAACCCUCAAGGAUCUUUCUCAGUCCCCAAACAUCAAGCUGUGUCUCGCUAGCCGGCCGUGGAACGUCUUCUAUGAUGCUUUUGGAAAUGAUCCAAUGCGAAAGAUUUACAUGGAAGAUCUGACACGGAACGACAUUCUACGAUACACGGAGAGCCGAUUGACGGAGCACCAAAGAUGGAACACUGGCCGUUUUGGAGCAACCGAUAAGCAAUCAAUCAUCGAUGACAUUACCAGCAAGGCCCAAGGCGUGUUCUUAUGGGUCUUUCUGGUGACGAAGUCUCUUCGGGAUGGCUUGACGAAUGGUGACACAAUGCAAGAUCUCCGCAAACGGCUAGAGAGUCUUCCUACUGACCUCGAACGUUUUUUCAAGCACAUGUUGGAGGUUGUUGAUCCGAUCUAUUACGAAAAGAUGGCCAGUUUCCUAAGCAUAGCAGUCAACGCGAAGCAGCCGCUUCAUUUCCUUAUCUACAGUAUGCACGAAUACGAACACGACGAUGAGGAGUUUGCGGUAACCAUGCCCGUCUCAGAGCUUUCUCAAGCCGAGUUGGAUGCUUUGCAAGACGAGUGCCGACGACGUGUCAAUGCAAGAUGUGGAGGCCUAUUGAGCAUCAAGGGCGCUUUCGUCGAAUUCCUCCAUCGAACAGUGCGGGACUUCUUGUUCACCCGCGAGAUGAGUGACUACCUCGGAGCGAAGACGAAACGCGGUUUCUCGGCAAAUCUCUCAACACUGAGGGCUUGGGUGGCAACACUCAAAUGUAGCCCCGAAACAAUCUCCCGAGACUCGAUGAGCUCGAAUCUGUUAGAUGAUUUACUACAGUACGCAAGCGACGCGCUUGAAGACUCGGAAGACGCAGCAGGCGAACUGCUCGAAACCCUUGAAUACAUGCAGCUGUCGCCUUUACAAUCGGGCGAAGACAUGCUAGGAUGGAAUUUUGCGAAUGACUCAGACGUCACAUUAUGCGACGGAGCGACCAAUUUCUGCGAUGAAUCCCCAGACUUCCAGUUUCGAGAAGCACUGCUCCGCGCCGGGGUCGACAGAUACGUCAUCAGGAAACUCAAGGACAGCGCACAUUACUUUGACAGCUUGAACGAGCCGCCCCUC